UAUCUCUACGUCAAUAUGUCUGAAUGCGCCUGCGCGUUAAAGUGCUUCCGGGUCAACCUAGUAACCUUGGUUGUUGUGAGGUGCAUCAUGGCGACUCUCGUUAGAAUAAGUUCCAUCUGUCACAAAGGCGUCAAACCUCUCUUUCUUCGAAGUUCUCUGUUGCUGCGACCUGUUGUUGCUCAAAAGAAGGUCCAGGAUCAUGUUCCGCUUUUGACAGCGGAUAUUCACGCGUCUCCUUCCCACUAUGCGGUUGCUGGCUCUAAGGCGGCAUCCAGGCACUGGACAGGGGAGCGACUCUUAAGCGUAAUGCUGCUUGGUAUGUUGCCAACUGCCUACAUGUUCCCUGGACCCAUUAUGGAUUAUUCGCUGGCGGCCGCCCUCACCUUGCAUGGCCACUGGGGCCUGGGACAAGUGGUGACCGACUAUGUUCAUGGAGACUUCAAGGUCAAGGUGGCCAGCGGAGGCCUUCUGGCUUUGUCAGCUGUCACCUUUGCCGGCCUCUGCUACUUCAAUUACCACGACGUGGGCAUCUGCAAGGCUGUGGCCAUGCUGUGGAGCAUGUAAAUGCAGGAGGGGGACUAAUGUCUGUGAAUUGGGACAUCUAUAAACAUCUGAGGGAUUGUAUGUAAAUUGUAUAAAUACAUGCUUUUUGUGACAAAAGCAAUUAUUUGAUUUACUUAAUGAUUAUUCAUUCAGAAUUUGUAGGUUUUUGUCAGGAGUCCUGCAUGUUGCUGGUGUCUGUUCCUGUUAAUGUGUGAUGUACAGUGAAGGGGAUUCUUUCCGCCAAACCCUGACUUGUCCUCACUAUCAAAGCCUUUGAGAAAUUAAUUCAAAGCUGCCAUUGUGGACGUGACUGAGGAACAUUAACAUUUGAGUCAUGAUAGGGUUUCCUUUGUGUUUUACUGAUGGCUGUUUGCUGGGCCUGAAUCCAGCGAUUCAUCCAGUGAUCCUCUCAGUAUUAAAAAAAAUAUCUUUUGUAAUGCUACCACUGCUCUUCAAUGUUCAAAAACAAUUUUAUGUUUUCAAGAAAAAUUAUAGGGAAACCCUAGAUGAACACAUACUCCAACCCUCCGCUAUGUGAACCCUUCCGGAAAGCUUUCUCCAUUUGUGCAUUACGCAAAGCUACCAUGAUCUUUGUCAAUCUCUUCUACAAUCUGAUUGUUAAUCCCUUAAGAAAUUCUGCUGCCUCCUCAUCUGCGCCCAGGAUAAUGUUUGGUUAACUUAAGAAGAUUGGAUUUCUCACGGUCCCAGUUACUAUAAUCUACUUCAGAGCUAAAGGAAUAAUGACGGUGAUUCAUUGCAGCUGCAUAUUGUGCAAACAGCAUGAGGCCACAAUGAUGAUUAGCUGUCAUUCUGCUAAAUAAAUGUUAACUAUCGAAAUGUUUUCAAGUUUUUGUUUCCAAUGGACCAAUAACUCAACCAUGCCCUUAAAAUACUGUGGAUUCAUUGAUAAAAUUUAUCUGAAAAUUAAAUUUAAGAAAAAAAAUAAAAUGGAGAAAAGGCUGUAGAAAUUUGAUGGUCCUGCACCUAUCCUGCACACCGUGGAGCUAAUGGAUCUGUGGUUAAGGAACAAAAAUUGCAGUAAAACUUGCUUUUGUAACUCUGUAUGGGCAGAAAUAAAACAAUACACCAUCA